CUCUCCCUUCCAGCCCCCCCUGGACAAACGUGCCCGGACGCUGAGCUCCAGCACCUGGGAAGAGACCCCCCGGAAGCCCCCCGCCCAGAGGGGCCGGAGGGCUCGCCAGAGGAGCCCCGCCCCGGAGGAGCCCCAGUACGAGACGGACUACACCACGGCCGUGGACUCCAGCGAUGAGCAGGAGCCGGAGGAGUGGGGGAGCCUUUACCCGCCCAUCCCUUCCGACGAUGCCCGCCAGAGGUACAAGCAGGACUUCGACAGCGACCUCAAGCGCUACAAGCAGCUGUGUGGCGAGAUGGAUGGCAUCAACGACCAGAUCAACCAGCUCAGCCGGCAGCUGGACCAGCUCCCGGAGGACUCGCUCCAGUACCAG